CGCGCCCAGCCCGGCCGCCCUCGGUAGCCCGCGCUGCCCGCCGCGCCCGGACGCGGGUCUAUGGGAAGUUCGGCGACUUGACAGCCGCCGCCGCCGCAGGUGUUCCUGGUGAAGAGAGCUGAAGUAAUGAGAAGACGUCAUGGAGGCCCAGUCCCACAGCUCCACGGCCACUGAGAAGAAAAAAGUUGACCAUUCCAUAGUGAAAUGCUCCACGCGGACAGAGGUCAGCGAGAAAGCCGUUGCUUCCAGCACCACCUCCAAUGAGGAUGAGAGUCCUGGGCAGAGCUAUCCCAGAGAGAGAAGAAACGCAGUCGCUAUGCAGCCACAGAGCGUCCAGGGGCUCAGCAGGAUCAGCGAGGAGCCCUCCACCUCCAGUGACGAGAGGGCCUCGCUGAUCAAGAAGGAGGUCCAUGGGUCCUUGCCGCAGCUGGCCGAGCCCUCUGUUCCUUAUCGCGGGACAGUGUUUGCCAUGGACCCCAGGAAUGGCUACAUGGAGCCUCACUACCACCCUCCUCACCUUUUUCCUGCCUUCCACCCUCCUGUACCAAUUGAUGCAAGACAUCAUGAAGGCCGCUACCAUUACGACCCGUCUCCCAUCCCUCCGCUGCAUGUGCCUUCUGCCUUGUCUAGUAGCCCGACAUAUUCAGACCUGCCCUUCAUUCGGAUCUCCCCGCACCGGAACCCUGCUGCAGCAUCCGAGUCUCCCUUCAGCCCUCCGCAUCCCUACAUUAACCCUUACAUGGACUACAUCCGGUCUCUGCACAGCAGCCCGUCCCUCUCCAUGAUCUCAGCAGCCCGGGGUCUGAGCCCUACAGAUGCUCCCCACGCUGGAGUCAGCCCAGCAGAAUACUACCAUCAGAUGGCUCUGUUAACUGGCCAGCGCAGCCCCUAUGCAGACAUCCUCCCCUCGGCUGCCACCGCCGGUGCUGGGGCCAUCCACAUGGAAUAUCUUCAUGCCAUGGACAGCACCAGAUUUCCCAGCCCCAGGCUGUCAGCCAGGCCGAGCCGAAAACGUACACUGUCCAUAUCACCACUGUCCGAUCAUAGCUUUGACCUUCAGACCAUGAUAAGGACGUCUCCCAACUCCUUGGUCACAAUUCUCAAUAAUUCCCGUAGCAGCUCUUCAGCAAGUGGCUCCUAUGGCCACUUAUCUGCAAGUGCAAUCAGCCCUGCCUUGAGCUUCACCUACCCUUCUGCGCCCGUCUCCCUCCACAUGCAUCAACAGAUCUUAAGCCGCCAGCAAAGCUUAGGCUCUGCCUUUGGACAUAGCCCUCCACUCAUCCACCCUGCCCCAACUUUUCCAACACAGAGGCCUAUUCCAGGGAUCCCUGCAGUUCUGAACCCCGUCCAGGUCAGCUCCGGCCCUUCUGAGUCCUCACAGAACAAGCCCACAAGUGAGUCUGCGGUGAGCAGCACGGGCGACCCGAUGCACAACAAGAGGUCCAAGAUCAAACCUGACGAAGACCUGCCCAGCCCAGGGGCCCGGGGGCAGCAGGAGCAGCCGGAAGGAACAACCCUAGUCAAGGAGGAAGGGGACAAAGACGAAAGCAAACAGGAGCCCGAAGUCGUCUAUGAGACCAACUGCCACUGGGAAGGCUGCACCAGGGAGUUCGACACCCAGGAGCAGCUUGUGCACCAUAUAAAUAACGACCACAUUCAUGGAGAGAAGAAGGAGUUUGUGUGCCGGUGGCUCGAUUGCUCGAGAGAGCAGAAGCCCUUCAAGGCGCAGUACAUGCUGGUGGUGCACAUGAGACGACACACGGGCGAGAAGCCUCACAAAUGCACUUUUGAAGGUUGCACAAAGGCCUACUCGAGACUAGAAAACUUGAAAACGCACUUGAGAUCUCACACUGGAGAGAAACCGUACGUCUGUGAGCACGAAGGUUGCAAUAAAGCUUUCUCAAACGCCUCCGAUCGUGCCAAGCACCAAAACAGAACACAUUCCAAUGAGAAACCAUAUGUGUGCAAAAUCCCAGGCUGCACCAAGCGUUACACAGACCCGAGCUCCCUCCGGAAACACGUGAAGACGGUGCAUGGCCCAGAGGCUCACGUCACCAAGAAGCAGCGUGGGGACAUCCAUCCUCGGCCCCCACCCCCUCGAGAUUCUGGCAGCCACUCACAGUCCAGGUCCCCCGGCCGGCCGACUCAGGGAGCCCUCGGUGAGCAGAAGGACCUCAGCAACAUUACCUCAAAGCGGGAAGAAUGCCUCCAGGUGAAAGCGGUCAAGGCCGAGAAGCCCAUGACAUCUCAGCCAAGCCCUGGUGGUCAGUCUUCAUGCAGCAGCCAACAAUCCCCCAUCAACAACUAUCCCAACAGUGGGCUCGAGCUUCCUCUGACUGAUAGAGGUAGCGUAGGAGACCUCAGUGCCGUCGAUGAAACCCCGAUUAUGGACUCAACCAUUUCCACUGCAACCACAGCUCUCGCCUUGCAAGCUAGGAGGAACCCAGCAGGGACCAAAUGGAUGGAGCAUGUGAAAUUAGAAAGGCUAAAACAAGUAAAUGGAAUGCUCCCACGACUGAACCCUGUUCUACCCCACAAAGCCCCUGCAGUCUCUCCUGUCAUAGGAAAUGGCACACAGUCCGGUAGCAGCUGCAGUCUGGCCGGGCCAGGGACGCUCCUCCCGAGCAGAAGCGACCUCUUGGGCGUGGACCUCACCGUGCUGAGCCUGCUGGGCAGGAGGGACAGCAGCACCAGCAGCAUCAGCUCGGCCUACCUGAGCAGCCGCCGCUCGUCGGGCAUCUCGCCCUGCUUCUCCAGCCGCAGGUCCAGCGAGGCCUCUCAGGCUGAGGGCCGGCCGCAGAACGUGAGCGUGGCCGACUCCUACGACCCCAUCUCCACCGACGCCUCCCGCAGGUCCAGCGAGGCCAGCCAGGGCGACGGCCUGCCCGGCCUGCUGAGCCUAACACCCGCGCAGCAGUACCGCCUCAAGGCCAAGUACGCGGCGGCCACCGGCGGGCCACCGCCCACGCCGCUGCCCCAGAUGGAGCGCAUGAGCCUGCGGACCCGGCUGGCGCUCCUCGGGGACUCCAGGGAGGCGGGGGUCGCGCUGCCGCCCGUCCACCCUCCACGAAGAGGCAGCGACGGGGGCGCCCACGGCUACGGCCGGCGCCCCCUGCUGCCCUCCGACGCGCUGGGGAGCGGCGUGCGCAGGGCGAGCGACCCCGUGCGCACAGGCCCGGAGCUGCCCUCUGUGCCCCGGGUGCAGCGCUUCAGCAGCCUCAGCCCUCCGGUGUUGCCUGCGUCCGCGGACAAGCGGAACCUGGUGCUGCAGAACUACACGCGGCCCCCCGAGGGCGGCCAGUCCCGUCACUUCCACGCGUCCCCCUGCCCCCCCAGCAUCACCGAGAAUGUCACCCUGGAGUCCCUGUCCGUGGGCGCCGAUGCCAGCUUGAGCGAUGAGGAUUUCUUGCCAGAUGACGUGGUGCAGUAUCUAAACUCCCAGAACCAAGCAGCGUAUGAGCAGCACUUCCAGAGCGUCGCCGACGACAGUAAAGUGGCCCACGGGCCCGGGGACUUCGGCCCUCCCGGGCUCCCGGCCAGCCACGCCAGCCAGCAGUACCGUGCCCUGGAGCAGCCCUCGGCCGACGGCGGCAAGCCUGACCUGCCCAUUCAGUGGAACGAAGUCAGCUCCGGGAGCGCCGAGCUGUCCUCCGCCAAGCUGAAGUGUGGCCCGCGCUCCAGCGCGCAGCAGGCCCGGGCCUUCGGUCUGUACGGCAGCGGGGUCCACCUGCAGCACCCGCUGCGGAGCGGCGCCGGCCCUGCGGGGGGAUACCAGCCCCUUGGGGAGAACGGCAGCUCCUACGGUGGUCCCGAGCCCUUGGUGACCCACAGCGGCAGCUCAGCUGGCACCAGUGGAAAUGCCUUCCACGAGCAGCCCUACAAGGCCCCGCAGUAUGAGAACUGUCUCAGCAGGCAGCCGGCGGCCCCCAGCGCGCUGGGUGGUACCUGCGCGGCCAGCAUUCAAGGAUCAAAGCUGAAGAGCGCUGCUGUGCACGGGAGUGGGGGGCCACUGGAUUUUGGCCUGGCAGCGGCCCCAACCGAGUCAGCUGGCAGCGCAGUGAACGGCAUGCAGACCCAAGACCUGGCGGGACAGGGCUACCUGGCUCUCCAGCUGCUCGGCGGUAGCCAGCAGCAGCAGGGGGUGGGCCGGCCCGGGCAGCAGGUGCUGGGCCAGGUCAGCACGGCCCCGCAUGGAGGUGUCUACCCGGGGCCAGAGAGCUGCCUGCCGGGGGCUCACAGCAGCCAGCUGUCGAACCUGGCAGCUGUCAGGGGCUACCAGCCGUGUGCCAGCUUUGGGGGCGGCAGGCGCCAGGGUGUGGCGAGGGGACAGCUCAGUGACACAAGCGAGACCUGCAGGGUGAAUGGCAUCAAGCUGGAGAUGCAAGGGCAGACCUCGCAGCUCUGUUCCAAUGUGCAGAACUACUCUGGUCAGUUCUAUGACCAGACCGUGGGCUUCGGUCAGCAAGACACGAAAGUGGGGCCAUUCUCCAUUUCAGAAGCCAGCUGCCUGCUGCAGGGGACCAGCGCCGAAAACGCUGAGUUACUUUCCCCAGGUGCUAACCAGGUGACGAGCACGGUGGAUGGCCUCGACAGCCAUGACCUGGAAGGGGUGCAGAUCGAUUUCGAUGCCAUCAUAGACGACGGGGACCACGCCAGCCUGGUGUCAGGGGCCUUCAGCCCCAGCAUCACUCAGAACUUUUCCCACAGCUCCUCCCGCCUCACCACCCCGCGCGUGGCCCUCCCAUUCCCCGCACUGUCCCUGAACACCACCAACAUGGCCAUCGGGGACAUGAGUUCUUUGCUAACCUCCCUGGCGGAAGAAAGCAAAUUCCUUGCAGUUAUGCAGUAAGCAUUAG